UGACUGUAAACAUCCUGCCGAUUUUAAAAGGACAGCGCUGAGCGGGAGGAAGGCGGCUGGCGCCAUCUUGACUGUUUUAAUGAGUACAACAGGGGACAAUUCGCUGGGAGAAAUAACCUAACGUUUGGGAUUUCACUCUAAAGAAUAACUUUUCCGUGAACCAUCCCGCAGUCUGAGUGUGUGGGCCAGGUGAACAGGGGCAAUGUUCUACGCCCACUUUGUCCUCAGCAAACGUGGGCCGCUGGCCAAAAUCUGGCUGGCGGCCCAUUGGGACAAAAAGUUGACCAAGGCCCAUGUGUUUGAGUGUAACUUGGAGAGCAGCGUGGAAAGCAUCAUCUCACCUAAGGUGAAAAUGGCUUUGCGUACAUCGGGUCACCUGCUCCUUGGGGUGGUCAGGAUCUACCAUAGGAAGGCAAAAUACCUGCUUGCUGACUGCAAUGAAGCCUUUAUCAAGAUUAAAAUGGCUUUCAGACCAGGUGUGGUGGAUCUACCUGAGGAAAACAGAGAGGCUGCAUACAAUGCAAUCACUUUACCUGAGGAGUUCCAUGAUUUUGACCAGCCACUUCCUGACCUGGAUGACAUCGAUGUUGCUCAGCAGUUCACUUUGAACCAAAGCAGAGUAGAAGAAAUCACCAUGAGAGAAGAUGUUGGUAACCUCAGCCUCCUGCAGGACACUGACUUUGCUGACUUUGGCAUGGAUGACAGAGAGAUGAUGCGUGAUGCCAGUACAUUUGAGGAGGACAUCAUCCACGGUGCCACAGCAUCAAACCUUCUGCUUGAGGCUGAGCCUGGUCCAGCUAAUCUUCCUGACAAAUCCAACCACAUGGAUUAUGAUGACUUUGGGGAUGGUUCCAUGGGCAACUCGGAUGGAGGAAUGCUGGUCGACAAACUACUGAGCUCUGAAGAUGGAGGUGGUAUCUUUGAUGAUCCCCCUGCUAUCCCGGAGAGCGUCAUAAUGCCUCCAGACCAAGACAACGAUGAAGACGACUUUGAUAACCUCCAGUCACCAAAUCCAGACAGUCCAGACUCUGGUCCAGCAGAGCCACUGCCAGCAAUGGCUGACCAAACAGAGCAAACUACUCUGGUCCACAAUGAAGAGGAGGCCUUUGCUCUGGAGCCAAUUGACAUCACAGUUAAAGAGACCAAGGCGAAGCGUAAGAGGAAACUGAUUGUGGACAGCGUGAAAGAGUUGGACAGCAAGACCAUCAGAGCCCAGCUGUCUGACUACUCUGACAUUGUGACCACCCUGGACCUUGCACCUCCCACUAAGAAGCUCAUGAUGUGGAAAGAGACUGGAGGAGUGGAAAAGCUCUUCUCUCUUCCUGCUCAACCACUCUGGAAUGCCAGGCUGCUCAAGAUGUUUACACGCUGCCUAACACCUCUGGUGCCAGAUGAACUGAGGAAGAGGAGAAAAGGUGGUGAAGCAGACAGCCUGGAUGAGUUCCUUAAAGAACUUGAAAAUCCUGAAGUUCCUAGAGAAGAGGUCAUGACUCAACACAGAGAUGUCAUUGACCAGACCAUCAUGGAGGAGCCCAGUAUGCUGUCAGCUUCUGCCAUGGAGAGCAGCAGGGCAACACUGAGUGACACUGUCAUGCCCCCUCCAUCCACCCCCCGCGGUGUAAAACACAAGAACAUUGACAAAGAGGCUGCCCUUCCCAUGACUCCUCUAGAGCAGCAGCAAGUGGCUGACCGCUCAGACUUGUCACAGAGGCUAGACAUGCCUCAGGUCGAUCUCCCGCCCGAGGAGACCACUGUCAACCUCACCCAGCUUGUCCCUGAGCUUGACCUUCUUGGCAGCAAAGGCAAAGACAAGAAAGACGAGAGUGAUGAAGAGGAGGAGGAAGAAGGUCAGGGUGGUGACCAGGAUCAGGAAGAGAAGAGAUGGAACAAAAGAACCCAACAGAUGCUGCACGGUUUACAGCGUGUUAUGGCUAAAACUGGUGCAGACUCAGUUAGCCUGCUUGACCUGUGCCGAAAUAACAACAGGAAGCAGGCAGCUGCCAAGUUUUACAGUUUCUUGGUCCUCAAGAAGCAGCAAGCCAUUGAGGUCACUCAGACUCAGCCCUACAGCGACAUCAUCGCCACCGCUGGACCAAGAUUCAAUCUUAUUUAGACAUUGGAAAAUACAAUACACUCUGCUUGCAACAAACAUGCUUUUUUUUAAUAUAAUUUACUCAACUGUACCUGUUUUGUUUUCCCAUUGCCCCUUUUUUUAUUUUUAAAAAGAUUUUACUGUACCUCAGAUGGAAUCAUGCAGUAGUGGUUCAUAUUUUGUGAGGAAGAAUGUGUCACAAGUGUAUUUAUAAAAAUAAAAACCUUUUUCAGUCACCAAUUUGUACACUUAGCUUCACUUUUUAACUUAAAUCUGUUGUUCGCUCAUUCCAUGCCUUUUGUAUUGGUGCCCCUCUUUCAAUUGAAAUAUGUAACUUUUUAGAUAAAAUACCUGCAUUUGUCUCAAUGAAUCCUGUAUUGACUGCAAAUAUCCUGAAAAGGUACUUAUUACUCAGACAUGUAACCUUCCCUAUUUUCUUCCCCUGUUGCACUUGGUGGUUAACAAUCAAAAAGCAAAUUCUUCAAUAAAUCAUCAAAUCUUA